AUGGACAUGAACCACCUGAUCGGCCAGCGGUUCAACCUCAUCUCCAAAAGCGAUAUUCGGUAUGUCGGUACGCUACACGAAAUCAACCCCGAAGCUUCGACGAUCGCUCUCGAAAAUGUCAUGUCCCACGGCACAGAAGGGCGUCGAGGCAACCCUAGCGAAGAACUCCCUGCAUCCACAAGUGUCUACGAAUACAUUGUCUUCCGGGGCAGUGAUGUGAAGGAUAUCAGCGUCGCCGAGGAGAAAAACGAGCCAGAACCCCAGCGCCCGCAAGUUCCAGAUGACCCUGCCAUUCUCGGAAGCAUGUCUCGCCCUGGCCCACCUCCUGGUGCCCAAGCCCCGCCGCCUCAGCAGCAGCAGCAGCCACCGCAAGGCCCCCCAGGUGGUCGACCUGGUCCCCCUCCCGGUUAUCCUCAACAACCUCCGUUCCAAGGUUAUGGUUACCCUCCAUAUGGUGGUCAACAGCGGUUUGGUCCACCUGGCUACGGGCCUCCUGGUCCUGGCUUCCCCCCCUACGGCGCUCCUCCGGGAUGGUUUCCUCCCCCCGGCCACGGCUUUCCUCAUGGGUCUCCUGGCCAAUUUCCUCCUAACCAAGGCCCUAUUGGUCCUCCAGGUCAACAGCGCCCUGGUCCUCCUACCGGCCCUCCAGCAUCCGCACCGAAACCUACAUCCGAACUUCCAGUUGGAGACAAAGUAUCUCAGCCCGCCAGCAAGAGUGCGACGCCAGUUCCUCCUGCACAGAACGGCCCAACCCCCCCGGUCGAAUCGAAACCUUCGGUUUUCGAGGCUACCCAGGGAGCUGUAACAGCUAAAGCCCCAGCUCCUCAAACGCCAUCAAAGGUCCCACCUACUGGUCCAAAGAAUGACCGGGUCGUGCCAGCUAUCCCAAUUGCCAAUGUCAAACCUGCUGUCCCACUCACCACUGCUCAGAAGGGUGCCGUGGCGGCGUCUCAAAACGCAGCUCAGGCAGCUAUCACGGAUGCCACUCGUGCGGCUACUGCUGCCGUUGCCGCAGCAAUGGCAAAGCUGCCCCAGCCAAAUGCUCAGAACAAGGGACCAAACGAUGCAGGAGUCGAUGCUAUUUCGAAGAAAUUCAACGAUUUUAAGCCAUACGAUAACAAUCGUGUCCCCCGAGGAGCACACCAAGGGCCACGAGGUGGACGUGGUGGCCAACGUGGUGGCCAGGUUACAAACAAGAAGAUCGAAGUUCCGGAUACGGAUUUCGAUUUUGAAUCUUCCAACGCCAAGUUCAACAAGCAAGACCUUGUGAAAGAAGCCAUUGCUACUGGGUCCCCUGUGAUUGAAGAGGAGAAGGACCUUGGUGAAAGCGCAGACACGGCAUCUAUACACUCGUCUUCUACUCCAAUUGCCUACAACAAAUCGUCGUCAUUCUUUGACAACAUUUCAAGUGAGACGCGUGACCGGGAGGAGGCCAUCAGUCGUCCUCGCGAGCGUCGUGGCGAGGAGGAGAAGAAGAACAUCGAGACAUUUGGCCAAGGCAGCGUUGAUGGCUACCGUGGCGGUUACCGUGGUCGUGGCAGAGGGCGUGGGUACGGACGAGGCCGAGGAUACAGUCGCGGAUACGGAAACAAUCGAGGACGAGGCGGUUUCCGAGGCGGACGCGGCGCUGCACAAUCAACCGGCGUUCCUACGCAAAUUUAG